AUGGUCUUACGGAUUAAUUUUCCACUCACAUUCGCUGAAGUCCAUGCUGGCAUGUGUGAGGAUCAUUUACUGGCUGCUGUUUCUUUUCCUCUGUUUCUGGCAGCCAAUCUGGUGACCGUGGUGAUUCUGUCUCGGGGAAACUUUGGUCUCACUAAAGGGAUCACCAGGUAUCUACUGGCCAUGGCUGUGGCCGAUCUACUGGUUGUAAUUACUGACGUGAUAUUCAAUCGGAUUAAUGAUCUAUACUUCCCGACGUGCUUCCUGGAUUACACUCCCCUCUGCAGUUUGAAAUUCGUCCUGGUCUAUGCAGCCUUGGACUCUUCUGUCUGGUUAACAGUUGCUUUCACCUUUGACCGAUUUGUUGCCAUUUGUUGCCAGCAGCUGAAAAGAAAAUACUGCACGCAGACAACAGCUGCUGUGGUGAUAGGGGUUGUGACUGUGCUGUUCAGUGCAAAAAACGCUCGCUGGUACUUCACUUACCAACCCCUCUAUGUAAUUAACAAUGUACCGUGGUUCUGUGAUGUGAAAGUGAGCUUCUAUGACUCAGCCGCUUGGGUUACAUUGGAUUGGAUCGAUACAAUUCUAACUCCAUGUGUCCCGUUCCUUCUGAUCUUAACCCUCAAUGUUCUGACAGUCAGACAUAUCAUGGUGGUCAGCAAAGCACGUCAAGGCUUUCGCGUCCAAAGGAAUGCAAACAAUCGACAUGACCCAGAGAUGCAGAACAGAAGAAAAUCAAUCAUAUUACUGUUUGCUGUCUCAGGCAGUUUCCUGUUGCUCUGGGCCACUCACGUCACAGUUUUCCUGUAUUGGCGCAUCACCCAAACAUACUCUUAUGAAACAUUGGAAGAUCCAUUUUACAUCGCACUGGAGACAGGGUACAUGUCGCAGGUGUUGAGCUCCUGCACAAACACGUACAUUUACGCAGUCACCCAAACUAAAUUCAGGGAGCAGUUGAAAAGCAUGGUGAAAAGCCCCUUUGUGCUGGUUUGCCAGCUCAUGAAAUAA